GAACUUUUUUUUUUUGUCAGUGCAAGGAGUGAAGGAGGUGCGCUACAGUGACUCCAGGCUAAUUUUUGGUUACACACUGAGUGGACCGCUUUCUUUCUUUAAGGAAACUGGGGACCAUUAAAGUUUGUGACACAAAAGUGGCCAACAUUGAUGGGUGGUAAAACGUCAAAAUAAUGUCUGCGGAGACCAGCACUCUGCCGAAUGACGAGCACAGUCCCGGGCAAACUGCAUUGAACUACAGGGAGCAGUUAUUUCCUGGCCUGGAUGAAGACAGCAGCCUGUACUUCACGUACUGUGGGGAGCGCAAUGUGCUGGAGGUCAGGGACCUGCACUACCAGGUGGACACAGCGGCGCAGAUCCCCUGGUACGAGAUGCUGUCUGAGUUUAAAAUGCCGUGGGAGAUGAGCAGAGAGCCCCAGCCUCCAGCUAUUGAGAACCUGCACCUGAAAGUGAGGAGCGGUCAGAUGCUGGCUGUGAUCGGAAGCUCUGGCUGUGGAAAGACAUCCCUGCUUGACAUCAUUACCUGCAGAGAUGAGGGAGGGAAGGUCAAGGCUGGACAGAUCCUGAUCAACGGGAAGCCGAGCACGCCACAGCUGGUCAAGAAGUGCAUUGCACACGUGCGGCAGGACGAGCGCCUGCUACCCAACCUGACCGUGCGUGAGACCUUAGCCUUUGUGGCCAGACUGCGCCUCCCCACACACUUCUCAGAUAAACAGCGGGAACAGAGGGUUGAGGAUGUGAUUGCGGAGCUCCGGCUGCGGCAGUGUGCUAACACUCGAGUUGGGAACGAGUACAUCCGCGGAGUGUCAGGGGGGGAGAGGAGACGGGUCAGCAUUGGGGUGCAGCUGCUCUGGAACCCCGGUAUUUUAAUACUGGACGAGCCGACCUCUGGGCUGGACAGCUUCACAGCACACAACCUGGUCAUCACGCUGUCCAGACUGGCACGAGGAAACCGCCUGGUGCUCCUCUCCAUCCACCAGCCGCGCUCCGACAUCUUCCAGCUCUUCGACCUGGUGGUGCUGCUGUCCUCGGGGACCACUGUGUACUGUGGCUCGGCCAGGCACAUGGUGCCCUACUUCACCAGCCUGGGCCACUCCUGCCCGCGCUACUGCAACCCCUCUGACUUCUACGUGGAUCUGAUCAGCAUCGACCGACACAGUAAAGAGAAGGAGGCGGAAUGCCUAGAGAGAGCCAGGAACCUGGCUGACUUGUUCUGGGACAGAGUGAAGGGGACUGAGGACUUCAUCUGGAAGCCUGCCGAAUCCAGCAGCCCUGCACUGUGUAGCACCACAGAGCCCAACUCCCCCUCAAACUCCCAGGAGAAUGUGAUCAAUGUCCAUUCGAAGCCCAAUGACCAGCUGCCAGGAGGCUUGAAACAGUUCUCUAUUCUGCUCAGGCGCCACGUCUCCAAUGAUUUCCGGGACCUAGCCACACUGCUUAUCCACGGCUUCGAAGCGCUGCUCAUGUCCCUGCUCAUCGGCUUCCUGUACUUCGGGGCAGGGGAGACCCAGCUCUCUAUCCAGGACACCGUGGCUCUGCUCUACAUGAUCGUAGCGCUCACCCCCUUCGCCGUGGUGCUGGACGUCAUCGCCAAGUGCCAUUCAGAGAGAGCAUUGAUUUAUCAUGAACUGCAAGACGGGAUGUAUUCUGUCACCGCGUAUUUCUUUGCUAAGGUCCUGGGCGAGCUCCCUGAGCACUGCGUCUUCACCCUGGUGUACGCACUGCCCAUCUACUGGCUGGCAGGGCUGAACCCGGCACCCGGGCCCUUCUUCAUGAACCUGCUGCUUGUCUGGCUUGUGGUCUACUGCAGCAGAGCCAUGGCACUGUUCGUGGCAGCGCUCCUGCCCACUCUGCAGACCUCCGCCUUCAUGGGCAACUCACUCUUCACCAUCUUCUACCUGACUGGAGGCUUCAUCAUCAGUAUGGAGAACAUGUGGACAGUGGCGUCCUGGUUCUCUGAGAUCUCCUUCAUGAGGUGGGGCUUGGAGGGGAUGAUGCAGGUCCAGUUUAAAGGGCUCAAGUACACGGUGCCCUUAGGAAACUUCAGCAUCCAGAUUGAUGGAACCAGUGUGGUCGAAGCAAUGGAUAUGAACGCGGACCCGCUCUACGCCUGCUACCUCAUCCUCGUUGCAAUCUGCGUGGCGUUCAUGAGCUUCUACUACCUGUCACUCAGGUUCAUCAAGCAGAAGUCCAGCCAGGACUGGUAAACAAAGACUGGGCAACUGCAUUGCCCCUGGUCUAAACUGCACUACGGCAUCCCAUCACUGGAGGGCAGCAGAACAUUGCAUAUAGGUGUUCAGAAACACAACCUUUAAAGGCAAACUGACUUCUAUUGAGGAGUAUUAGUAUUCUAAGUCAUGAUUUAGAGUUCCAACAAAACACUAAUCACUCAACAUUCCUGUGUAACUGGUGCACUCCGCACUGUUCCAUGUACCUGCGAUGUACAGGAAUUACUUAAGGGGUGUUACAAAGUAACUGAUGAUAUAUUUACACUGUCAAACAGGGUUUUGCUGUGAAAUGUGAGUAUAAAUGGCAAAAUAGAUAGUUACUAAUCAGAUGGACUUCUCUAGGACAGAACACAAAUUAUCUAGUGAUUGUUGACUGAACUGUGCCCAAAGUCGGUGAGAGGUUUCAUUCUUGCUUGGACAGAUACAGAUGCCAACCACUUUCUGAAAUGGGUUUCCAGUAGACAUAAUUGUUAGAAGUUCUGCCUAUUGUCAUUGUCUAGCAGUCCUGGGUCCUCACUGCAUUGUUUUCACUGUAUAAAUAUGUUAAGAAAUAAAUGUGACGAAUGACA